UGUUACCAAUUCAGUUGUCGAAAUUCCAGCAUCGAUUCGAAAGCCCGCUAAGCUCACAUUUAACUUGCCAAAUAGAUAAAAUGGACCACAGAUCGUAUCUGGUAUCGGCAUCAACACGGAAUACGUUUUCACACUAUUGGACUAUAUAUCUGCUGUUGAUAAUUAUUUUGCAACAAAUCCAAUCGAAUGCUUGCAAUCCUCACGAACCUCGUUGGAAUUAUCAAAAACAACGUUUGCCCACCGACGAUGCCAGUGAUUUGUUUGUCCCAAAGACGGGUGAAUCUUUGCCAGCCGACAAACGCACCUUAACCUCGGCCACCGGAAAUGGUGGUUCCCUCAGCCAGCCGGAAGAAAUAUUUAGUGUUAACGACCAAUUGGAAUCGAACUAUGACGAAUACCCAAUGGUGGUGCCGAAAAGAGCCGCUUUAUUGCUGGAUCGACUCAUGGUGGCCUUACAUCAUGCCCUGGAAAAGGAACACAGCGGUAGCUCACGCCUAACAGAUUUCUACAACAAAUAUAACAACGGCAAGAACACUCCGACAGCGGAUGAUGACAAGUCCGCGGUUGACGACGACGUUCACGACGCAUCGGACAAAGAUGUCCCCUAUUUCACCAUGUACAGCGAUGACGAUCCAUCCGUUAUGAUGGACUACGACUUCAAAGAUCUGAACUCGAUCAAUCGUGCCACCGGUGAAACUUUAAUGGCACAGAGCUUUCAGAGAAGAGCAAACUUGGGCUUGGAUUUGGGUGGCGAUAUGGGAAUGGAUGGUGUCUCAUCACUGCUGAGCGCAUCGUCGUCGGGACAUGGUGGCGGUGGUCUCAUAAGUGGCGUGAACAGUGCUGACAUUGCAGGCGUUGGCGGCGGCGGUGGUGGUGGUCGCACCAACGGUCGUAUGUAUUGGCGUUGUUAUUUCAAUGCUGUCAGUUGUUUCUAAGUCCCCACAAAUACCCCCAACAAAUAAAACCAACUGACAAUGGACAGGUACUUGUAUACACUUAUCUCUUCCUCACUUCCGCCACCGAAUAUAAAUCAACCUAAAUUAACUCUAAGUCGUCCCAAUACAUUUUAACUUCAAAUUUUGAUAAAACGUACAAAUCAUUCAAUCUCUGUGCGUGCGUGUGUGUGUGUCUGUGUGAAUGUUCAAUUAUGUACUAAACUUACAUCACAAAUUAAUUAUAACAAUAAUAAACUGAAUUUGAUUUAUUA